GCCCGCCCCCGCCCCAGCGGCGCCUCUUAGCGUUGGGGCUACCGCGGCAGCGCAGCUCAGUCAGGCUCCCCACCGUCCGCCGCGUGGUGCGCCGCCCGCCCCCGUCGCUCGCCCAUUACUGGCGCGGCGCCGCCCGCUGCAGGCUCGCAGCAGACCAUGCGCCCCCUGAGCCCGCCGCCGGCCGGCUGGUUCUGCGUGCUGGCCGGCGUCCUCGCCUGUGUCCUCGGCCCCGUGGGCAGCUGGGCAGUCGGGUUGCAGCAGGAGGAGUGUGACUAUCUGCAGAUGAUCAAGGUACAGCACAAGCAGUGCCUGGAAGAAGCCCAGCUGGAGAAUGAAACAUCAGGCUGCAGCAAGAUGUGGGACAACCUCACCUGCUGGCCGGCCACCCCUCGGGGACAGGUGGUUGUCUUAGCUUGCCCUCUCAUCUUUAAGCUCUUCUCUCCCACUCAAGGCCUCAACGUGAGCCGCAACUGCACAGACGAGGGUUGGACGCCCCUGGAGCCUGGCCCCUACCCCAUUGCCUGUGGCAUGGAUGACAAGGCAUCGGGUUUGGACGAGCAGCAGACAGUGUUCUACAAUUCUGUGAAGACCGGCUACACCAUCGGCUACAGCUUGUCCCUCGCCGCCCUUCUGGUCGCCACCGCCAUCUUGAGCCUGUUCAGGAAGCUCCACUGCACUCGGAACUACAUCCACAUGCACCUCUUCAUAUCCUUCAUCCUGAGGGCCACCGCCGUCUUCAUCAAAGACUUGGCCCUCUUCGACAGCGAGGAAUCAGACCACUGCUCCAAGGGCUCGGUGGGCUGUAAGGCAGCCGUGGUUUUAUUCCAGUACUGUGUCAUGGCCAACUUCUUCUGGCUGCUGGUGGAGGGCCUCUACCUGCACACCCUACUUGCCGUGUCCUUCUUCUCUGAGCGGAAGUACUUCUGGGGGUACAUAUUCGUCGGCUGGGGGGUACCCAGCACCUUCAUCAUGGUGUGGACCAUCGUCAGAAUCCAUUUUGAGGAUUAUGGAUGCUGGGACACCAUCCACUCCUCACUGUGGUGGAUCAUAAAGGCCCCCAUCCUCGCCUCCAUCCUGGUGAACUUCAUCCUAUUCAUUCGCAUCAUCGGAAUCUUGGUUCAGAAACUGCGACCCCCAGAUGUCGGGAAGAGUGACAGCAGCCCAUACUCGAGACUAGCCAAGUCCACUCUUCUGCUGAUCCCCCUAUUUGGAGUGCACUACAUCAUGUUUGCCUUCUUCCCUGACAAUUUUAAGGCCGAAGUGAAAAUGGUCUUUGAGCUCAUCGUGGGAUCUUUCCAGGGUUUUGUGGUGGCCAUCCUCUACUGCUUCCUCAAUGGUGAGGUGCAGGCAGAGCUGCGGCGGAAGUGGCGGCGCUGGCACCAGCAGGGCGUCUUGGGCUGGGACUCCAAAUACCAGCACCCGUCAGGAGGCAGCAACGGGGCCACGUGCAGCACGCAGGUCUCCAUGCUGACCCGUGUCAGCCCCAGUGCGCGCCGCUCCUCCAGCUUCCAGGCCGAAGUCUCCCUGGUCUGACCGCUGGGUGCCUAGAGGCCCAGGGCGGCCCCUCCUGCCUGCGCCCACCUACCCUCCAUGGCACCAGGGGCAGAGGCUUGCUGGGUGAGGUCAGACCCAGUCCUGGACUCAGAGGCUGCCUGGGCCCCCAGGUCACUGUCCAGAAUUUUCUGGAGAACGCUGCCCUUGCACCUGCCUCGGGAGACAAGAGUGCUUAGACUGGGGAGUGCUGAGAGCUCUUACCUGGAAGUUGUGGGGCGGAGCUAUCAUCAGACUCCGCCCCCAAGCGUUCUACCAAUCAAGGGCAAGAUAUUUGCAUACGCCCAAGACUCCAGUCCCUGGUAACUCUCAAGAGGACGGCAACUGCCUAUACCGAGACAAUGCAUAUGGGAACAUGCAUCUUCUGAAGGAACAAAGGUCUUACACCGAAAGGUCACCUGCCACCACCACCUCAAUAGUGCCUGAAGUUCUCCCAUUGAAGUGGAGUGGUCCCAGGAUAGCUGGGACAAUUUGAAGAGACUGCCACCAGCCCUACCCAUCCCUAUGGGCUGUGGGGACUGCCCUUGGCUACCUACCUGUGUGUCAGCUGUUAGAAUCAGGCUCAGAGAUGUGCACUUAGUGGGUCUCUUAAUCCUCAUAUCAACCCAGCAAGGCAAGAACUUCUGUCCCUGUUUCACAGUGAGCCUUAUAGAGAACAGAUUCUUCACCUUAUCACACAGACAGGAUUUGAACUCAGAUCUUGCUGAUGGUAAAGUGAAAACACAUUUUUUUUUUUUAAUUUUAUGGCCACACCUGCAGCACAUGGAAGUUCCUGGGCCAGGGAUUGAAUCCAAGCCACAGCUGUGGCAAUGCCAGAUACUUUAACCCACAUUUCCCCAGUUACCCGAGCUGCUGCAGUUUCUUAACCCACUGUGCCACAGCGGGAACUCUGAAAACACAUACCCUUAACUGCUGCCAUCUAUGUAUUGUAACAAGCUGGAUCUCUUGGUUAUUUGUAUUGCCACUGAUAUUGUUAUUACCACCAUUUCUGCAACCCCAUCCUCACCCCACCCUCCUGGAGUGUGGCUAAGGUGUCCUCAGGGCCAUGUACCAUCUGGACAAGAGCCUGGUGGUUGUCACGUCCUGGGUCUGCUGUGCACUCCUGAGGCCACACAGCUUCCUACCCAUGCCAUAGCCAGAAGAUCCCUUGGGGUUGCAAACAGGCUGGUGCAAUAAUAAAUGCUGGGUUGGAUUGGC